AACAAAUUUUGCGUCAUUUUAUGCGCGCCAAUAACAUUGUCUUGACAUGCGGAGGAAUAGUAUCUGUUUAGAAGUAUUUCAGCACUAAAAUACUGUAUGCAUAAUAAACUCAGUGUUUUCCUGCUUUAGUCAUGAGGGCAUGUGGUUGACUUUGGACAUUCAGUACUGAGAAAUGAAAUGGAAUAUACACAGAGUAAGAAAAAAAAGAAAAGAGAAAAGGAUUAUGACCUUUCAAACGAAGGAAAUGAAUUCAAGCUGAAUGAAGAAAAUAUUGGAUCCAUUAGUGCACUUCAAGAAAAUACACACUUAAGACUUGAGACUGAAGACAGCGCGGGACAAAAAGGAAAGAAAAAGAAGAAAAAAAGUGUAAAGUCAGAAAACCUAGAAGAAGACAGCGACCCUGUUGUCUCCUUAGAGAAUGGAAAGACAGAGUCAGGUGCAACGACUAGAGAUGCUGUGCUCGCUACAGAUGUAGGACAUUUUAAGGCCGUGGACACUGCUGAAGACAUAAAAAAUGAAGAAGCUGCUGCCCAUCUGUCAUUACCUGUGAAGAAGAGGAAGAAAAAGCGCAGGUCGGACAGGGCAGACGAAGUCGUGCUUUGGGAUGAUGACCAGCAGCCUGAAGCUGCAGCAGGAGAAGAGGAGACGGAAUGUUCUCACCAUCCCAAGGGACAGAAGGCACUGAAAAAGCACGUCAUCAAAUCUACAGUGGCACAAUAUGAAGAUGGUCAUUACAGUGCCAUUGCUGAAGUAAAAGGGGAUCUUCUAGAAGUUUCAGAUCAUUCACGCAAGAAGCAUAAGAAGAAGAAGGACAAGGGCAGUGAAAUAGCUGGACAAGUUGAAUGCAGCCCUACUCUUACCCAUGAAGAUGGUCAGUAUAGUGCCAUUACUUGGGUAGAGGGAAAUCUGUUAGAAAUUUCAAAUCAUUCGCACAAAAAACGUAAGAAAAAGAAACACAGGUGGAAAGAAAGAGUAGGACAAGAUGAUUGUAGCCUCAGUAUUACCACUGAUCUUGCUAGAAAUGCAUUAGAAACUGUGAAUUGCCCAAAGAAAAAACGCAAGUCAAAGAAGAACAAAGAAAUGGAUUUGGGUUUUGAAGAUGCUCAAGAUGAUGUAGGCUUUACUGAUGACUUGAAUGUGCAUAGUUGCCUUGAAAAUGAGACUGUUGCUUUCCAUAAGAGAGACAUGGGAUUUAGGAAAAAGAAACGGAGACAUGAUGAGUUGCUGAAUAUAGAAGAACUUGACUGCAUUCCCUAUGAUGAACGCGCAGAGGAUCAGAAUGCAAGAACGUCUAGUACUAACGGCGUUCCAGACAAUAGUGCCUGCGAAAUAGAAAGCACUGCUCCCCACACAGCAAAGAAAAAGUCAAAGAAAAAGAAGAAGCAUUUGCAUCCAGAAGGAAUUUCAGAAGAGCAUAGAACCACCGAGCAAGAAGAUGAUUCUGGAAGGUUGCACAAUUCCGUAGACCGUAAUCAAGAAGAGAAUCUUGAAGCACAUGCUGGAAAUACCUCUUCACACAAUGAGGACUCUGCAGACCCCAUUAUGCAAGAGAUAAGGGAAUACCUACCCCAUCUGAAAACAAUCUCAAAAGGAAACCUAAGUCUCCUUGCAAAACAUGACCUUAAAAGAUUUAGAAGGUUUAAAGAACAAGGAAUUCCGAUUAAAACUGGCAGAUUUAACAAGGCUGAGAAUGAAAAAUUGCGGGAAAAUGUUGCUUUUUUUCUACAAGCCUCAAGCAUUGACACAGCUGAAAAGCUUUUCUAUACAGCUCGCUUUCCAGAAGAACAACAUUUUAUAAGGAGGGUGAAAAAAUAUUGCCAUUUCUAUGAGAUAAUUGGUGAUGGAAUUCCUAGGUCUACAAGCUCUAUAAUCAUUCGAGCCCAGAAGGUGUUUGACCCUAAUAACUACAAAGGCAGGUAUUCAAAGGAAGAGACUGAGAAGCUGUUGAAGUACCAGGCAAUGUAUGGCAAUAAGUGGAGGAAGAUCUCUGCGCUGCUGGAAAGGAACUGGCGUGAAGUCGCUCUGAGGUUUUCUCAGCUUGGCCCAAAUAUACAAAAUGGACACUGGAGUAAAGCAGAGAUAAAAAGGCUGAUGAAGGCAGUGAAGGUCUGCGUCUUAAAAAUGUUAUCUGAAGAGGACACAACACAUAUAGACUCAGUGUACCAAGAGAAAGGCUAUAGCCCAGCUUUAUUAAUAAUGAAGGAAAAGCUGUACAAGGGCAUUAGCUGGACUUCAGUAGCAACAGCUGUGGGGACUAGGAACUGGAUGCAGUGUAAAUUGAAGUGGAAUUCAAUUCUGACCAAGAAAAUGUCUAGAGGAAAGAAAAUUUAUCGUGGCUGGAGACAGUACAGAGCCAAAAUAAACAUGAUUGUAAGGUAA